CCACCCCCAAAUUUAGUAACGAAAGCCCAUCUCUUCAAGUCAAACUCACACAAACAACAACUCGCGACUGUUUCUCGCCGGUGUCGUCUUUUCUCCGGUCAUCGUCAAUACUUUGAUGAUCGAUAGCGCUACGGCUGACACGUCGGCCUGUGCGACGGGGCACGAUGGCGGUGUAUUAGCCGGUGAUUCGUCGCUGGUGGUUGAGAAAGGUUGAGAGAGAAUUUUUUACAGAAGUUUGACAGCCAAGUAAAUGAGGAAGGGUACGGGAAGAAACGGCAAAUUGCUGCCUAAUUCGUUCAGAAUUAUUUCUUCGUGUAUCAAAACUGUCUCUACAAAUGCUAGCACCGUCGUUCGCUCCGCCGGUGCUUCCGUUGCCGCCUCUGUUUCUUCAUGCGUUGACGAUCGCAAAGAGCUGGUAUUAUGGGCUGCCUUCGACAAAUUAGAGCUCAGUAAAACUGGCUUCAGACGCGUCCUAUUACUUGGUUAUUUAAAGGGUUUUCAAGUCUUUGAUGUGGAGGAUGCCUCUGGUUUAAGUGAAUUGGUCUCCAGGCGUGAUGGGCCAGUUACCUUCUUGCAGAUGCUUCCGUCUCCUGCAAAUAGUGAUGGUGCUGAAAAGUACAAAUCAUCACAUCCUAUACUGGUGGUUGUUGGAGGGGACGAGGAUGAAAGAAUCACCCUGCCUCAGAAUACUGGCCAAGGACCUGCCAGAAAUGGUUCAGCAGAGUCAUCUUCUUGGAAAUCUUUUGACCCCCCAACUGCUGUUCGUUUUUACUCAGUGAAAACAAACGAAUAUGUAAAGGUUAUCGACUUCAGAUCUCCUGUCUUUAUGGUUAGAUGCAGCCCUCGUGUAGUAGCUAUUGGUCUUGAAGAACAAGUAUACUGCUUUGAUAUACUUACACUUGAGCAGAAAUUCGCUGUCGUUACAUAUCCUGUUCCCCGAUUUGGAGAGCAAGGGGCGGUUGUAGUCAACAGAGGUUAUGGUCCAAUGGCUGUGGGCCCAAGGUGGUUGGCUUAUUCUCCUAGUCGUCCAUUUCAGUCCAAUACAGGUAAGGUGAGUCCAAAGAGCCUCGUCUCUAGUGUUAGUCCAUCAACUUCUCCAGGCAAUGGCACUCUUAUGGCUCGUUUUGCGGUGGAAUCCAGCAAACACUUAGCUGCUGGUAUACUCACUCUAGGGGACACGGGAUACAAGAAACCGUCAAAUUACUGCCCGGAGAAUGGUGGAUUAGUUUCUGUGAAGGACCUAGUUUCCUCAGAGGUUAUAUCACAAUUUAAGGCUCAUACAAGUCCAAUAGCUGCUUUAUGUUUUGAUCCGAGUGGGACCCUUCUGGUUACUGCCUCAGUACAUGGAAAUAACAUAAAUAUCUUUCGGAUCAUGCCUUCUCAUGCAUGUAACGGAUCACAAUGUAGUGACUGGAGUACUUCGUAUGUGCAUCUUUACAAGAUUUACCGCGGGAUAACCGCUGCUGUCAUUCAAGAUAUCUGCUUUAGUCACGAUAGUCAGUGGAUUGCAAUUGUUUCUUCAAAAGGAACUUGCCAUAUUUUUGUUCUAUCUCCGUUUGGAGGAGAUGAUGCUUUUCAAGCUCUGCAUACUCAUGUACAAGGUACCUCUCUAUUUUUAGCUUCAGCUCCGCCAUGGUGGUCGACUUCAUCCUUCACUAUAAACGAGCAACAUUCUUCGCCUCCACCUCCUUGCACCCUCUCCGUGGUUAGCCGGAUAAAAUGUAGCGACUCGGGUUUGCUUAAUUCGGUAAGCAAUGCCGCUGCUUCAAUGGUUGGGAAGAUAUGGGUGCCAUCUGGAGCUGUUGCUGCUAUUUUUCAUAACGCUAACUCCAAAAGUUCCCCGGAUUUUCAUCGGAGUGCUACUUCACUACAAAAUAUCUUAGUGUAUACACCAUCAGGUUUCGUUGUUCAACAUGAAGUUCAGUCAUCAGUGGGGAUUGAAGUGAGUGAUAAUAAAACCGAGUCUUGGUCAGCUCCACCAAUAAAUCCACAAAAUGAGGAGUUAAGGGUGAAAGUGGAACCUAUACAAUGGUGGGAUGUGUGCCGAAGAUUGGAUAAUCUGGAGAGGGAAGAAUGUAUUUCUGGGAUUGAUGCCCAAUCCAAAACAUCUCUCGAAGAGAAUGCGAGUGCUGUGGACUCGCCAGAGAGAUCACACUUGUAUCUGUCCAAUGCUGAAGUGCAAAUAAACUCAUAUAGAUUACCCAUAUGGCAAAUGUCGAAGGUGCAUUUCCAUGUUAUGGAACCUCCAAAAGCAGAAUGCUGUUUUGGUGGAGAGUUUGAAGUUGAGAUGACUUCUUCACAUGAAGUGGAAAUAAGACACAAGGAUUUAUUGCCUAUAUUUGACCAUUACCCUAGAGCUAAGUCCGGCUGGAUUGACGGAUAUAUCCCGACGGAGGGGAGAGAUUCCUCUGAUAGUUCUCAAGCUAGAGAAAAGACGAAUGAAGCUAGUAUUAUUUGUCACUCAGACCCGCCAUCAUUUAGUUCUACUGAAAGCUCUGAAGGAGGGACAGAGAAAACAGUAGAUUUUGGGCUGUUCUUCAAGGAAGAGUACUGCAAUAAGAGUUCAACUGAAGUUGUUACUGAUGAAGUCGAAACCGGUAGUAAUACUCACGAGGAAAAGCCCGACGAAGAAGGAUGGCUUGGUGGAAUAUUUGAUUUUUCUGAAGAAGGUUAGUGUUUCUUGUUGACAAAGAUAUGACCAAUACACACUGAUAUUUAAGUAAAUAAAAGUGGCCCAAGAAUGUCGAGAGGACUAGGAGUGUGACGUUACAUACAGGGUAACUUGAGCUCCUUCGGUUCCGUAUGUAUAGUUGUUUGUAUAUAUAUACUCGAAAAAUGUCUGCAGAAUUGAAUCUUUGUAAAAAGCUGUGAAUUGGGAAUUUGAGCUCUGGAUGCUCAAUCAUGUACAAAUUAUUGUUCAUUAGUUUAUUUCAGUUUGUGCAACUAUAUUUGUAUAGAAAUUGUGUGAUAGGUUGUCAUUUUGAUUUAUUUUCUUAUUGCAAUGUCAUCCAUCACAAGGUGAAAUCUUUGGUACAAUUUAAUUGUACAAGGAUGAUUUGGAAUGAAUUAUUAUAUGGGAGGUGCAUAUUUGU